AGCCGGGGCCGCACCGGGCUCGCCAUGGACUACUCCUACCUCAACUCCUACGAGUCCUGCGUGGCCGCCAUGGAGGCGAGCUACGAAUUCAGCCCCUGCAGCCAGGCGGGCUCCUUCCAGUACAGCCCCAUGCGGGGGGGCUUCGGGCCUGCGCCCGCCUGCGCCCCCCUUACCUCCGCCAGCUGUGCCCUGGGUGCCCUCCGCGACCACCAACCCUCGCCCUACUCGGCAGUUCCCUACAAAUUCUUCUCGGACCCGUCGGGAAUCAACGAAAAAAGGAAGCAGCGGCGGAUCCGGACAACGUUCACCAGCUCCCAGCUGAAGGAGCUGGAGAGGGUCUUUGCCGAGACCCACUACCCCGACAUCUACACCCGCGAGGAGUUGGCCCUCAAGAUCGACCUCACCGAGGCACGGGUGCAGGUGUGGUUCCAGAACCGUCGAGCCAAAUUCCGCAAGCAGGAGCGGGCAGCCAACGCCAAAGGUGCCAGCGGCACCGGCAGCAGCGGGAAGAAAUCGGAGCCACGUUCCUCUUCAGAAGACGACGAAUCCAAGGAAUCCAACUGCAGCCCGACCCCAGACAGCACAGCAUCCCUGCCCGCUGCUGCCAUCGGCAGCCCCGGCGGCAGCUUGAGCCCCAGCCCCGGUGCGGGGGCACCCCUGGGACCCGGCCAUGCCCCCCAGCCCCUCAAGGCACCCCUUUGGGCAGGGGUGGGGGGCAGCAGCGGUGCCCCCAACACAGCCGAGCUGCUGAAGGCCUGGCAGCCCACCGAGGCUGUGCCGGGACCCUUCUCAGGUGUCCUGUCCUCCUUCCAUCGGAAACCAAACGGCAUCAAGACAAACCUCUUCUGAUGGCCGAAUCGCCUGAUCCGCCUGCCCCCCGAACCCCCCUCGGCACCCACCUUGCACCCCUCACCCACCCAGCCACGAUGCUCCGGCAGAGCGGGAGAGGGAGCGGGGACCGCCCCCGGCCACCUCCCGCACCCAUGGGUGCUGUGGGACCACGGGGGUGCAAGGCGGGGGAUGCCACCCCUAUGCUCAGCCAGAGCCUUUGGGUCUGGGGGCUCCCGGUGCGCUCCGGGGGUGUGGGGGCAGAUUUGGGGCUCCCCAAAGCACUGCGGGUGCUCCAGCAUCGCCCCAGGAGACGCCCCCAUCAAUGGUCUGGGCUGGGGGCGAGGAAGCACUUUAUGGGGGGGCCUCUGGGUGGGCAGUGCCGGGGAAUCCGGGAUGGAGACACCCCUUGGUGUGGGGAGGGGUGGAUUUCCCCCAAAUCCCACCUGCUACCAUGGAUCCCCCCCAGCAGCAUCCCGGCGGGAAGGAGACACACACACACACCCCCCACCCCCGAAGAUUAACGCAGGGCUGGGAGGUUCAGGCUCGCCUGCAUUGCUGCCAGGCAGGGAACAGGGCACAGGGCACCGAGGUGACCCCCUCGAGUGGGGGUGACAUGGGAUGGACCCCCAGCUAGCAGCAGGUUGGGUGUUCCCACUGAAAAUGCCACUGGUGCACCCCACACAACCCCACAGCCUCCCAAAGGGUUCCAAAGCAGGGGGGUGGUGCUGGUGGUGCCCCUCGUGCCCACCACACCAGUGCUGCCGUGCUGGUGGGUUCCAUGGCAUGGUGAGGAUGCUGGCAGCCCAUCUGUAGAUCCCUGUUUCCUCCCAGCUCCCCCCGAGGUGGGUUCCCCACUUUUCUUCUGUUUUGUUUUGUUUUUUGUUUUUUUUUAACCAUUCUGUAAUUUAUUACCCAUGUUUGCAAAUGCCACUAAUCCAAAUUAAACUUAAUUUAUUGACACUGCUGCUGGCCCUCAGCCCUUGUUGCACCCCACACCCACCAUGGGUUGCAGGGGUGGGGGGGCUGCAUAGUCCCCACCCCCGACCCUUUGAGACCCACCAGAACCCCCCAGAUAAUGCCACAGACCCCCAGCACCUUAGGGAUUAUUUUGGGUGCCCCCCACUCAAAGACCCCAAGCAGCUGUAGGAAGCUGAAAGGACACCCCAUGGUGAGGAGAGGGGUGCCCCACACAGCCCCCCUGGCCUCUAGGGGAGGGGGCUGAUGAUGAAGAAGGCCUUGAGGGCAUUGGGAUGGUGGCAAGGAGCAUGACAGGCUAUUGGGGGAAUGCUCUGGGGUACCCAAGGUGGGCAAGAAGGGGACAAGGGACCUGGUCCCCGCCUUGCUGGGACCAGUACAGCCAGCUUGGAGGGUCACAGAUUAUGCUGGGACCCAGUUCUUCCCCUGGUUCCCCAUCUUGC